GAAUUUCAGCAACUCUCAAGCCAACAUCGCCAUGGGUUUAUUUGAAGAAUCAUGGACCUACUCUUAUCCUUGGGGAAUACUGACAUCUGCAAACUUUCAAAAGUAUCCCAACGAACAUGCCAGCCAUGUCCUCUCUGUUGACGUCCUGGAACGUUCCGUCAAUCCUCAGUCUGGCAUCAUCACAUCCACUCGCCUUCUGCGGUGUAAGCAAGCCAUGCCUUCUAUCAUCCGUCGUAUCGGCUUUGACACUCCAGAAGAAACAUUUUUUCUUGAGACAAGCACUCUUGACCCUAGUACCCAGCAGUAUACUGCAAAGACUGUCAACCUAUCUAUGCGUUCGCUUUUUACUGCCGAAGAAACUUGCAUUUUCAAGCCAGACCCCUCUAACCCACUGCAACAUACUAGGUUCUCCCAACGGGCAGAAAUCACUACAGUUGGUGCACUAAGUUGGUUUUCUAGAAUUAUUGAAGAUGCUGCCGUUUCGAGGUUUAAAGCAAAUGCUGUCAAGGGAAGGCAAGGAUUAGAAAGCGUGAUCAAAGCAGUGGUGGAUGAGGCCCAAAACGUAGAGGCACAUGUAGCUGAUGGACUACGAUCACUGCCAUCUCUUGGCUAACUACUAGAACGAUUGACUCGCUUGUUCUAUCCUAUCUGCAGUUCCUUUAAUACUGGAGAUUCGUUUGAAAAUGUUUUGGUUGAUCACUUUCCCUCAGCUCAUACCCUCCUCUGUUACUAUCAGUUACAAGCAGUCUUUUUGGAUAGUCUACGGUGGACCUGUUGACAAUCAACUUUAAAAUGUUGCGAGGCGAUCAACUACAACACCUAUUAUUAUUGAAAUAAAUCUACCUAUUGCAUUUAAUUC